UGCAAGGUGCGGCUUACUUUCAGAGCCUGGCGGACAUCUAGAGCGCAGGGCAGAAGUAGUAAGCUGAUUUACAGAAUAGCUGAAGCUGUGGCGCCCGGCACAGACGUACUUUUAUAGAGAUGUCUAACACCAAUGCCAGUGAUAUUGCUAAUAGCAAUUCAAAUGCUAAUGGGAGUGCCAGCAGUGGGAUUUCAGCGGAUAUGAAUGAUAUGGAGGACACUGAAGAAUUCAGGAUGCUCAGGGUGUUUAACCAGAGAAGGAGACCCCAAAGCACAAACAUCCACGUAGAUGAACCAGCAAUUGGCACAGAAACAGUAGAAGGCCCUGCAAACACAAACAAAAAGAAGAAGAGUAAAAAACUGAUGUGCUUGUUUAGUUGUAUCCAACCUCACACAGACACAGAUAAACAAUCCAGACCAACAUCAACAGAGAACUUCAGAUGUAUGAGAAGCGGGUCAGUGGAAGAAGAUGAGCUGAAGAAGGUAGCCGACCACUUGACUCAGAUUGUUGAUUCAGUGAGCUUUAGUUGUGGGGACCUGGAAACUGACGGAGAGGAAGAUGCUGUAGAGAGAGUGGUGGGGUUGCUGUUGAGAGAAACCGGAGACAAACUCAAUGAUGAGGUUCUGAAGGACAGUUCUCAGUUCUCAGAGCUGUUUGGCUCCUACAGCUUCUAUGAGAAGACCAUCUCUACCUUCCUCGGGAGACUGGGCCUGACCUCUGACCCCACCACUCAACAGUCAUCCAAGACCCAGAUCGCCCUGACCUGUGAGGCGACCAGUCGCCUGUCAGUGGUUGACAACCAACCUAUGAACCGGAUGCUGGGCUUCGGAGCAAAAUACCUACAGGAACACUUCUCUUCCUGGGCCAAAGAGCAUGGUGGAUACGUAAACGCUUUUGCUAAUGAGGAUGAGGAUGUCAACUGAGCCUGGAGAGGCUUCCCCCUCAUAUAUCACAAUUUAUUGCUUCCCUGUUUUCCACUAUUUUUCUAAAAAGUGCUAAUUGGUGUUAUUGAUCUAGAAGCAUUUGGUCGGCCUGGCGAUUCUCUGUAGAGCUUUAUGAAAUGGUUAUAACCAAGAUGGGAAAUGGGCAAGUGUAGUUUGUAUGAAGGGUGACUAACUGUUGUCAUUCUAUUAUCCUCUCUCUAGUCCUAUCCUCUAAGAAACUCAGGUUGUAAUCUAGGGCUAUUAUUGCAUACCUAGUUUCAUGUAGAUUUUUGCACAAAGAUUCAAUUGCAUAGAAAUGUACAUGAUUGUUGCAGAGACAUUGGAUAUCAGCGAAACUGUUCACCUCAUGCCCCAUUCUUUAUAUUAUUAAUUGCAUUUUAAUAUUUAUAGUAUUACAUGUACAAUAAUUACGUUAAUAGUAAUAUAUAUGAAAGUACAGUAUGUGAAUAUUUUUGGUUAAAAAAACGUUCAGGGUAUUUGAAAAGCAAAAAUGGAUUCUGGACUUGCCUUUUUUAUAGACUGUAGUUCCAGAGCUUUGCAUAUGAUGGCGGUAGAGCCUAAGAUACUCACUUGUGGUGGCUGAUGUGCUUGUCUUGGAAAAACAGUGCUUCUGUUUUCUCACUCAGAGUUUGAGGAAAAUAUAUUAUUAGAUAUUUUCGUUGAGAUUAAUUUAUAGGCUGGGCCAGACCUUGCAUGGGCUUACUUUAAAAUAGAUGUUUUUCCUGCAAUAGAAAGACAAUCGGUUAGCCUUAAAGAACCAAGGGACUACAUUAUAAUCCCUAAAUGCCAGUUUCCAUUAAUUUCAGGACUGGCUGCCAUUGAUAUUUCACUCACUUAUACCCAUUAUUAUAAUAGUUCUGCCCACUAGACAUCUGAAAUGAUUCAUAAUCAUGAAACCAACUUUCAAAUGUGCAGAGUACUUCAAGUUCGGUUGACUUAAAAAAGAAAUAAUAAUAUCUAUACUUGUUUAAUUAUAAUAUAAAAAUGUUCUCUCUCUGCCUUUUCAUGGAGGGAAAGGAUCCAUAGACUUGGGAGAAGUUUGAAAUGCUACUAUCUGUCUCCUAUGCUGUUUAGGCUAUCAGCACUAAACAAACCAACUUUGGUUGCUUGUAUAAAGUUAACCCAUUAACAAUAAUUUCCAUGUUUAAGCCAUGCCUACCUCAUUCUGUCUGAUUUGUAGCAUAUCAACUAUAGCUAUAAAUUAUGAAUUAAUUUCCAUAAGUGGCAUGUUAACCCACUUUACACUGUUCUCAAACCAGAUUUGCUAUUCAUUUUUAUGGGAGGUUCAGAGAGCUUAAACAGAAUAUCACAUUUUGGUAUGAUUUUGAUCGUAAUGUUUUGGAAAAAGAAAAGUGAUUGCUUUUAGGGGGUGAUGGGAAAUUUUUACAUUUUUCUCCGGAAUCUUGUUUCUUUUGCUUCAGUUUUUUGUGUUUAAAAAAAAAAAUGUGUAAAUGUAUUUCACCUUUAACCUGGUAUGUUAUUUCAGAACAAGUUCGUAUUUACAAUGACAACCUGACCGAAGGCAUAAAGACAACAACUAAAACACAAAAAUUCACAAAUGACACUGAACAAAAAUAUUGUGAAAUAUGUAUUGUUUUUCCAAUGUUUUAUUUGAAAUAAAAGAUCCCAGAAUUAUUACAUGAGCACAAAAAGCUCUAACUAAUGUAAACAAAUAUCCCUAUGAACUACAAUUAAAAAAAAAUAUAUAUAUAUGCAUAUA